AUGACUACAAACACUGUUAUAAUCACUUCUUCAGUACUCGAAGUCACCUCAGAUUCCUUCGUAACCGAGUAUAGUGAUUUCUUAAACAACGCAGUUUUGUCGCAGUUCACUGUGACAGAUGACUGCCCCCUUGAACUUUAUGUGCUCCCAAACCUCAAACGACUAAUAGUGGUGUCGCCAUCGUCAGAAAUAUCACAAUACGUCAUCACACAAUCAAAGAAACACGCCGCCGACCCAAGCGGAGUCCGCUUCAACGCAUGCUUCGCACUGUUUGACACUAAAAAGAGCAAUUAUUUGGAGCUUCCAAAGUCUAAAAAGAUUCGACUUGUGUCACCACCACAAUCUCCACCAUCAGAGUUUGACUUCGAUAGAACAGAAGAACAUCCUAACCGCGAAACAGGACACGAAAUGCCAGCUGAACUACUAGAUGCUUCACAACCGGACGCCUUUCAACCGGGUAAGUCCUACCUUGUGCACGAGAACAGCGCGGUGGCUAACAUAGUCCUACAUCCCUGUGAAAACCAGUUCACCGAUAAAGAACCAACCCUGGGAUCCAUACACACCAUGGUCCCGCCUCGGUCUAUUUACGAUGAUGAGUAG